AUGCCGAAUUUUACCCAUAAACUGAUAUUAUUAAAUAGGCUACACAUUCAUUGUGUACCUCCACUGUUUAAUAGUUUUGUCACGAUAACGCAAAAACGUUUCAAAUCAACUUCAAGGCCUACAAGUUUUCCUGAUUAUUAUAAAAAUCCAAUAUUUAGAAAAGAAGAUCAGGCGAAACUAGCGGAAAUCAAUGAAUUGUCGAAGUUGGCUUCUGCACCCGUUAAACCUCCGGCCGUAUAUGAGACUUCAUCUGUUUAUCAUGACCCACUUAUUAAUAAGGUUAUAAAUCAUGUUAUGGAAGAUGGGAAAAAAUUAUUGGCACGCCAACUUGUGGAGAAAGCUUUUGAAAAUAUUAAGAGAAAACAAAUUGAACGCUAUCAUUUGGCCGCAACACCAGAGGAAAAAUCAAAGAUAAUCUUAAGUCCUAAAGAAAUACUACAUAGAGCAAUUGAAAACUGCAAACCUUUGCUCCAACUUACACCUAUUAAGAGGGGAGGUAUAACAUAUCAGGUCCCAGGUCCUAUAACGGAUAGGAGGUCAUUAUUUUUAGCAAUAAAAUGGUUGUUGGAGGCUGCAAAUGAGAAAGAGAGAACUGUGCAUUUUCCUGAACAGUUUGCGUGGGAACUGUUGGAUGCAGCUAACAAUACUGGCAAAGUUGUAAAAAGAAAGCAAGAUCUCCAUCGGCAAUGUGAAGCAAACAGGGCAUAUGCACAUUACAGAUGGCAA